AUGACCGGUAAGCACAUGAGUGCCACACACGUCGCAGACCUUAACACUCAUUUCAUUGGUAACUGUGGGCAGCAUGGUAUAACGGCUGCGACUGCCUUGUACUUGUGCCAGAUGUACGACUCACCACUUCGGGAUAUCUACGAGAACCACAAUACAAUAUGGCAUCAUCGUAUCUAUUCCAGAUGGGGCGCCCGUAUUGCGCUCAUUCAGUUGUGA